AUGCCCCGGAAGACCCGCGCGCCGCAGCCCCCGCAGCCGCCGCCCCACAAGAUUACCGACACGCCCGCCCCCAGCCCCGGGGGCAUCCUCGGCCCGGUCGCGCAGGCCCCGCUCUACAGCGAGGCCCCCCGGAUCUCGCCCCUUCGGGAAAUCCCGGCAGCCGAGCUCUUCCACCAGGAGGUGGACCUGGAGAUCCCCCAGUCACGCGGUGGUCAGCGCAAGCCUGCCCCCGCUGCAGACACCGUCGACAUCCAAAGGUUCGAUGCCUUCCAGUGCAUGCCGCCCCAGGCUUCGGGCCACUGA